CAUUCAUCUGUGCACUUGGGCGUUGGACUCCGCAUCUUAUUAGCGAGCGGGGAGAUUUCUCCAUUUUCCUGUUGUAUCCAGCGCGGCUCCCGAGCAUUGGGCUAUCGAGUGGGAUUGUGAGGUGACUCUCUCCGGCAGCCGCAGCGCUCUUUGUUUCCUCCUGUGUCUUGCCCGUCUCUUUCUCUCUGGGGGUGACGCGUCCCUUUUCUUUUUGUUGUUGGACACACAGACAGCAAUGGGAGCCCAAUUCUCUAAGACCGCAGCCAAAGGCGAAGCCGCCGCCGCAGACAAGCCCGGGGAAGCGGUAGCCGCCUCUCCAUCCAAGGCGAACGGCCAGGAAAAUGGGCACGUAAAGGCCAAUGGCGAUGCGUCUCCCGCAGCAGCUGAGGCAGAAAAGGAGGAAGUCCAGGCUAAUGGCAGCGCCCCUGCUGAGGAGGCCCCCAAAGAGGAGACCGCAGCGGCCGAGGCUGCGCCAGAGAAGGAGGCCGUUGUGUCUGCUGAGGGAGAGAGCACAGAACCAGCAUCUCCAGCCGAGGGAGAGGCCUCUGCCAAAACAGAAGAGGCAGGGUCUGCUUCUACCCCUUCCACCAGCAAUGAGACCCCCAAGAAGAAAAAGAAGCGCUUCUCAUUUAAAAAGUCUUUUAAGCUGAGUGGCUUUUCUUUCAAAAAGAACAAAAAGGAGAACAAUGAAGGAGCAGAGGGUGAGGGUGCAGCUGCAUCCACCGAGGGAGCAAAGGAGGACGCCCCUGCAGCGGCGCCCGAGGCCGCCAAUGAAGAGGCCAAGCCAGCCCAAGAGGAGGCUCCUGCUGCCAGCAGCACUGAGGAAAAGAAAGAGGAGGCUGCAGCAGCGUCGCCUGAACCCCAGGAGACCAAACCUGAGGAGCCUGCACCAGAAAAGCCCACAGAGGAGGUAAAGCCAGCUGAGGAGCCAAAGCCUGAGGAAAAACCUGCAGAAGAGGCCCCCACCACUGUUGCUGCUCCCGAAGCUCCAUCUACUGAACCAGAGGCACCAAAAGCUGAAGAGCCAGCAGCUCCAACACAGGAAGCUACAUCUGAAUCCAGUCCAGCAGCCGAGUCAGCAGAGUAAAGAUAUGGCCGUUUUGAGAUAAUCAAAGAACUUUUUUUCUCCCCUUGUUUGUUUGUUGGAGUGGUGCCAGGUACUGGUUUUGGAGAACUUGUCUACAACCAGGGAUUGAUUUAAAGAUUAUUUUUUUUUUUUCCUCCUUACAGAUCCCAUCUCAAGUCAUUCUGUUACCACCAUUCCAACCUGGCCGGGUAGAGUUUAAAGCAGUCACCGGCCUUAAUCUUUUUUCGCAUCAGUAUUAAUGUUUUGCGUACUUUGCAUCUUUUAUUGAAAAUGUAUCUUUUUUUUUUUUUCAAUAUAUGGACAUACCCAUAACAUGAAGGAGAUGGGUGGGUCAAUGUAGGGGGGGUAUCAAAUGAAGUGAUAGGGGCCACAUUGGGUUUUAGGUGGUGCACACAUUGCCAAGAGAUUGUGCCACACAGAAUGGGGUCAGGUUUCUGUUAUUUCUAUUUUUUUUCUUUUCUCUUUAAUUUUAAGAGACAUGUAUUUUGUGAUGAGGGCAGCCUUCUACAAGGUUUACAACACUAAAGGUCUUUACUAAGAUGGCAAGCAAAAUGAUAAUAAUAAAAAAAAAAUCAAAAUACCCAGAUCAUAGUUUUAGUAACUCAUUUAAACCAUAGGAACUUUUCACUUAUCUCAUGUUAGCUGUAUCAGUCGGUGAUUAAGUAGAAUUACGAGUUGUAUAGGCUUUAUUGUUUAUUGCUGGUUUCUGAACCUUAAUAAAAAUGUAAUUAUGUAUGACCAGCAGGGUGUUUUUAACUGUGACUAUUGUAUAAAAGGAAUCUUGAUAUCCAAAAGCACAUGAAGUUUGCAACUCUUUCCACCCUGCCCAUUUUUGUAAAACUGCAGUCAUAUUGGACCUUUUAACCACAAAAUUUUAAACUCAACCAAGCUGUGAUAAGUGGAAUGGUUACUGUUUCUACUGUGGUAUGUUUUUUUGAUUCCAGCAGGCGAUGCUUUCUUUUCCAGUUGUCUUUCAGAAUUUGAGGAAAUCUUCAGAUGCAAUGGUUUUUUGUGUAGCAUCUCGUCUUUCAUGUUUUUUGUAAAUACUGGAGAAGCUUUGACCAAUUUGACUUAGAGAUGGAAUGUAACUUUGCUUACAAAAUUGCUAUUAAACUCUUGCUUAAGGUGUUCUAAUUUUCUGUGAGCACACUAAAAGCGAAAAAUAAAUGUGAAUAAAAUGUA